AUGUCUUCUUCUUCCUCCUCCAAGGCGUGGAGCUUGGGGCGCCUGUCCCUUUCCUCCAGGAAAGGCAGCCUGAAGCCCUCCGUCCUGGAGCUAGCCGAGAACGCCCCCAACGCCCACUACGCGCCGUUUUCCGUCUCCGCGCCCGCAGGAGCCCAGGGCGCGAAAGAGCCGCCGAGCAGCGGCGAACUAGCCGAGGCGGCCACGGUAGUGAUGAGCGCCGAUUUCCCGCGCCCGCCGAUCAGCUUGGACCCGCGCGUCUCCAUCUACAGCGUCCGCAGACCUCUGCUCAGCCGCAGCAACAUCCAAGGCCGGGUUUACAACUUCUUGGAAAGACCCACCGGCUGGAAGUGCUUCGUCUAUCACUUCACCGUUUUCCUCAUAGUGCUGGUCUGCCUUAUAUUCAGUGUGCUUUCCACGAUUGAUCAAUAUGCAGCUCUGGCUACAGGGACAUUAUUUUGGAUGGAAAUUGUAUUAGUGGUAUUUUUUGGAACUGAAUAUGUGGUUCGAUUGUGGUCUUCAGGAUGCCGCAGUAAAUAUGUUGGCUUCUGGGGAAGGCUUCGUUUUGCUAGAAAACCCAUUUCUAUCAUUGAUCUUAUUGUAGUUGUUGCCUCCAUGAUAGUACUAUGUGUUGGUUCAAAAGGUCAAGUUUUUGCCACCUCGGCUAUCAGAGGUAUCCGGUUUCUUCAGAUUCUGCGCAUGCUUCAUGUAGAUCGGCAGGGCGGCACAUGGAGACUGUUGGGAUCUGUAGUGUUCAUACAUAGACAGGAAUUGAUAACUACUCUGUAUAUUGGCUUUCUGGGCUUGAUUUUUUCUUCAUAUUUUGUGUACUUGGCUGAAAAAGAUGCUGUGAAUGACUCGGGCGAUCAUGAAUUUAGCAGCUAUGCUGAUGCACUUUGGUGGGGAGUAGUAACUGUUACAACCAUUGGUUAUGGAGACAAGGUGCCUCAAACGUGGAUAGGAAAAACUAUUGCAUCUUGCUUUUCUGUAUUUGCAAUAUCAUUUUUUGCCUUGCCUGCAGGAAUCCUUGGUUCUGGUUUUGCUCUGAAGGUACAACAGAAACAAAGGCAAAAGCAUUUCAACCGACAAAUUCCAGCAGCUGCUUCUCUCAUUCAGACAGCCUGGAGGUGCUACGCAUCAGAAAACCCAGAUUCUUCCACAUGGAAAAUAUAUAUUAAAAAGCCUUCCAGAAGUUAUCACUUGUUGUCUCCUAGUCCCAAGCCAAAGAAAAUAGCGAUGGUGUCGGUAAAAAAGAAGAAAACCAAAGCAGAAAAGGAUAAUGGAUCACUUUCUCCUGAUAAGAUUUUACCUGUUCCACAAAUCACAUUUGACCGUGUGUUGGAAGAUAGGAAAACUGAUAUUUUUCCUAUGGAUUCCUAUGAAAAUUCUGACCGACAGCAUUCCUGGACAUCCUUUACUACAGAGCAACCAUCUCCCAGUUCUCCAGUUAAAAGGAACUCUCCAUUUUUAGAGCCACAUACAGGAUCUUUCAUUAGAACAAACAGCUUUGCUGAUGAACUUGACCUGGAAGGGGAGACUUUGCUGACUCCAAUAACUCACAUCUCACAUUUGAAAGAACAUCACCGUUCUGCCAUUAAAGUGAUACGCCGUAUGCAGUAUUUUGUGGCAAAGAAAAAAUUCCAGCAAGCUAGAAAACCUUAUGAUGUACGUGAUGUGAUAGAACAAUAUUCUCAGGGUCAUCUCAACUUAAUGGUCCGAAUAAAAGAGCUUCAAAGAAGAUUGGACCAAUCUAUAGGGAAGCCAUCACUAUUUAUUUCUGUCUCAGAAAAAACUAAAGAUCGAGGGAAUAAUACAGUUGGUGCUCGGCUGAACAGAGUCGAAGACAAGGUAGUCCAGAUAGACCAGAAGCUGAAUCUCAUCACAGAUUUGCUGCACCGCCUGCUUUCCAGCCAGCAGGGAAACCAAGGCAGCACCAAAGCAUCUCCCAGGAAUGAUGUCAGCUCUAGCCUACUUUCCAGCAGCGCUCUCCCAACCUAUGAACAGCUAACCGUUCCAAAGGCACUGCAAGACAAUGGUUCCUGAUGCUGCGGAGAUCUGUUUCCUUUCAUUAAAUGGACACUCAAUAUUAUGAAUCUUGAUGAGGGCUGGGGAAUAAAUUUAAGCUCAGAAUCAGCCAUACAAGCAUUGACACGUUACUUUUAAGCUAAUUUUACUAUCCCCUUCUCUGUUGUUCCAAAGAGAAUAAUUCAGACAGCUACCAAACCUUGAAACCCACACUGUGUUGUUAUUCUUUAUGCAUGUGGUAACGCAUUCAUGAGCUCGAAUUUCUUUGUGUGUGCGUGCGUGUGUGUAAAUAAUUCUGCUACAAUCGAUCACAAUAUUAAAAGAGUGUAGGUAGUCCUCGGUUUACGACAAUUGGGACCAGAAUUUCCAUUGCUAAGGAAUAUGGUUGUUAUGUGAAUCAUGCCUGAUUUUACAACAUUUUGCCAUAGUUGUUAAGUGAAUAGUCACUGCAGUUCUUUAAGGGAAUCCUGCGGUCAUUAAGCAAAUCCAGUUUCCCCAUUGAAUUUGCUUGUCGGAAGCCAGGUGGAAAAGUCACAAAUGCGAUCCCAUGAUCCUAGGAAAUACAUGCUGGUUGCUAAGUGCCUGAAUCUUGGGUCACAUGACUAUGAGGAUGGUGCAAUGGCAAUAAGUGCAAAACUGGUCAUAAAUCACUUUUUUCAAUGCCGCUGUUAGUUCAAACAGACACUAAACAAAUGGUUGUAAGCCAAGGACUACCUGUAAUUGGUCCUGACAUUAGCAAAAAGACAGUUGGUGUAUGUGCCUAGAAUACUGUGCUGCUGCUGCUGCAAACAUCAUUCUGAAGUUGUGCACAACCACACACAAUUGAAAUAGUUUGAAAAUUCCACAACUUUGCUGGCAAAUUGCAUCCUUCAAUAAGAAUAAUACUUGAACUUAGUUAGAUCUGAAUUCUGUUUAUGACUCUGCUGAUAGUUAUAUAGUUUUUGCGCACUAGAUUCUAAAGGAGAAUGUACAUAAAUUGCCAUUCUAUGGACUGGCAAGAGUAUACACUGAAUACUGAAUCCUCCCACACUCCAUUUUCCUUGUUUAUUCUACACAAUAUUGUGAAACCUACCACAUUUAAAACAAAAAUCAGUGCUUUAAUCAAAAACUGUAUUGUUUGUAAAGAAAGAUUUCUUUUGUAUAAUAUUGUAAUGGAAUUGGGACAUUGAAAUAUUGAAUAGGAACUUUUUUAAAAAAUAGCAAUUAUAUUGCUGCCAAAUAAUUUAUAUUCUGUAGUAUUUAUUACUAUCCUGGGUAUAUUUGUCAGAAAGAGCUUUCAAAGCGCACAGCUUUGUGUAUUGAAGUGGGUUUAGUUUAUUUCUCAGUGUACAGCAAUAAGGUCUAGAAUAACUGGAUCUUGUUGAUUAGGAGUUUGAAAGUGAUGCUUUGGGGAAAUACAGCAGCUUUGAACUUUAUUUGAAAAUGUACUGCCAAGCCAGAUACACAUUCAUUUCUUUCUUUUUCUGGCACACUAAUACAUAAGGUCCAACAGUAAUUUGUGAAUAUUGUUCAUGCUAAGAUAUACAAGCUCUUGAGUUUGUUUGGUUAUUGCAGAGAAGUUCUACUUGCUCAAUGUGGAAAUGGCUCUGUGCUCAUCUGUUGGGGGUUCUUUCUUUAUAUCCAAGCUGUUAAACAAAUGGGAAGCAGGCACAUCUUAUAUUUCUGCAAAUCCUCUUCUGUUAAUACAGUUGGCUCUUUUGUAAAAAAAAAAAAUCCAUAUGCAGGAUGACAACAAGAGCUAUCCGUGUUCUUAUGCAGAGCAGAUGCUGGAAUUUAGCUCUCUGAAAAAUCUCACUUGAUAUUUAUUUUCUGUUUAAAACAGGUUUCUAGUUCCUUUGGGAAAGGAAAUUUAAAUUCUAUGGCCAGGUAGCAUCAGAAUCAUAGAUGGGAUGUUUAUAUUGCCUCUCUUCAUCUCAAGCAUAAAUUGGUGCUCAUACUCAGCUGUGAAUCACCAAGCACUAACUAACCUUCCUAUGAGCAUACAUAUUCCUAUUGGGAUUCAAAAAUCAAAACUGGAGAAAAGGGGGGGGCGACUUUCUAAUCCCAGGGGAGGAGAACAAUCAGAACUGUAUGAACUGAUGAUGAGUUCUACAAAUAUGUAUGUCUAAGUUUCAUUUGUAGUUUCCAUGAGGAAAAUGUUUCUCUGUCACAUAAAUACACAGCUUCAUGUUUUAGUGCAUAGGAAUUUGAAACUACAAUAUUCAGAAGAUACAAGUGUGAAAAAGUUGGGAUGACAACUAUAUCUAGGCUGAAAAAAUAUAGAUGGCAACAGCAACACAAAGACAGAAACAAUUCUAACACUUUAAAGCAGGGCUAACAAACUUGUGGCCCGCAGGCCAGAUGCAUCACGUGCUGGACACGCCCAUACCCAGUUCAGCGAAGAAAAAAAGUUGUGAUAUAUCACGUGCUGCCACUGUGACGAUGUGAGUUUGACACCCCUGCUUUAAAGCCUCUAAUCUGCUUGGAAGUUUGUGGCUCAGAUAUUGUCACUAUAGAUGUAUGUCCUGUUCCACUGAUGAUCCUUCAUCUCUCAGCCUUCUCUUAAUGGCAGAAAUCCUCUUCUAGCUUGAUAUUUCUGUGCAUUACUGAAUAUUACUGAAGAAGAAGCAUGGAAAGUGAGGUAUAGAAGUCUUUAAAGCCUAUCUAUUUGGUAGCAUUACCAUUUAUUCAUGAAAAUUAAAUCUAAACUGCUGUAUGAAGAAAAAAGUCAUAAAAUUCUAUGUCCAAGGACAGCAUGACAACCUGAAUGGUAUUAAAUAAUAACUGCACAAUUAUGGCUACAGAGCUGCCGAUAUCUAAAUGCUUUCCAAAAUGUAGUUCUUUAAAAGCCAGCUAUUAUUAUGACUUUUAUUUGGAGAUGUUAGUUUUCUUCUGAUUCACAUUGAUGCCACUUAGAAUUUGCUAUCUGUGCCUAUAAUGCUUACAUUGUUUCCUAUAUUACCAGCAUUUAAUGCUAAUUGGAAAUUUUUAGUUUUAGAAGGAACUCUUGCAUAGAAUAACAUUUUGAAUUUUUCCCUUAUAUGGAAAUGAAUAUUGAAGGAUGCAAGUAAAGGCGGAACUCAAUCAAAUUCCUUUUGCAGUAACUCCUGUCCUAAAAAUUAGAAAAUACUUAGAAUCUUAGAUAAUUUAAGCCUUUUAAGAAUCAAUGAUCUGAUAGCAAUUAUAUUUGUUUCAGAUAUUGGAGGGAAGAGGAAACAGGAAAGAAUUGUGAAGUACUUUCUCAGGUUUUUGUUCCAUAUAACUUUACACAAUUGGAGAUUUGAAAAGGGGACACCAUAACUGAAUAAUAACAUUGCACAAAGCCCAAACUGUAGCAGAUUUGACCAUCUGUUCCUGCUGCAUUUCAAUAUAAAUUCACAGAAAUAGCCAGGUCACCACUGCAAAUGUUUGUUACCAAAGCAUCUUCUGGUUUUAUGAAUUAGCGUGGAACACAUUCAGGAUCAGAGGAUGACUUUUUAUUAUUUAUAUGUCUCACUGAAAUGAAGAAACUGUAUAUGAUGUUUCUGCAAUGGUUUGUCUGAUGCUGCAACUUGUUUCCAACUGUGGCCAUGCAGAUGCUACUAAGAAUCCCACAAGGAGACCCAUUCUUUGUCAUGCACCCAAAUUACAUAUUUCAACUACCAGAAAACUGUAUUUAUUUCUUCUUGUUUGUCUAGUUGCCUUUUAAAACGUUCAAAAUAAGAGCAAUCAUUACUGCUGGUGGCAAAAAGUCCAGAACUGAUAAUUGUGGAAUCCAUGGCCAACAAAAGAACUUGACCUACUAAAAAGAAACCUGUCAGCCCAAAUUGUGCUCUUGAGCAAAUCUGAUCUAUUUCAGUGGGACUUGUGAAGCAGAAUUCCCAGACUGUGUCCUAUGACCCAAAUCUAUUGUGCUCUGGUACUCCAAACAGUCCCCAAAAAAUCCAUCACUGCCUGUGGCAAUACAGUCACUUUGCCUCAUUUGUGCACCAAAAUAUACACCUCAUAUCUCUUUGUUCUUGAUUGUACACAUUUCAUUAUCUUCUUCCAGAUAGGAAUGGAUCUUCUAAUCCUCCUUACGUGGAAUUUUAAAUAUAUUAGAAUUAUUUUUUCUUCCAGUGUACAGUACAUUUUUAAGGGUGUACAAACUUUUUAAAAAUGUAAAUGGGAAUUAUUUCAGGGCAUUAUAUUUUGUAAAAAAAUCAAAGGAGAACUGUUAAGAUUUUCAAUCUAUUUUUAAAAAAAUAAUGUUCACUGUUGUAAUUUUAAGCUGUUAAUUUCUUAAUAAAAUAUAGGACAGGAAUUGUACUUUCAUUUAGUCUGAAUUUCAUGCAAGAGUAAAUGAGUUUUUAAAACGGGAUAAGUAUCACAUAAAUGCAAUUGCAAUAUAAAUAACGGAGCAAAGAUUUAUUCUAUGUGUGUUUGAAGUGCUGCAAUAAACCAGCAACACAGUAUGUUGCAAUCCAAUAUAUGAUUCAUAUACUUUAUUGGAGAUGUCACUCAAAAGUAUCUGCAUUUUGCACCUUUUAUCCUAUUGACCCACUGGGGACAUUAGAUAU